AUGAAUAGUAAUAAUAGUCGACGUCGAUUGCACUUCUGUGAUUUCUCUCAUCCACAAGUCUGGCAUAAAUUAUUAGAUUAUACUGAAAUAACAAUAGAAUUCGCAAAACUAAUUACAGAAUUUGCUCGUCAAUGGUCGGAUAUUUGCGUAUUAGCAUCAACAAAGUUAAACAGUAUGGUCAAUACAUUUCGACAAAGAGCAUUAGUAGAAAUUCGAGGAAAGUAAGUACGGAUGAUUAUUACUUUUAGUAUUUAGUUACAGUAGGUGGACUGUUUUUACUAACCAAGUCAAAUAAUAGAAGUUUACGAUUCGUGAAGAAUGAAGUACAUCUUAUGACUCUUAUCGUAGUUCGAUUAAAAAGUGGGAACAGUGUGGUCGCAUACUUGUCUACAAAAUCUCACCCAAAUAUUUCUGUGGAAAAACAAGACAUUUCCAGCUUAGAAUAAGCACUUCUCGGCUUUUCCAGCCAACGGCCUGCUCUUUUUCAAAAAGUUACUGCAAUAAAGCUACAGACUAAUCUAAAAUGGUAACUAGAUAAUUAAGUAGAUUAAACAUUUUUCUACAAAAUGAAAAGUGUCUCGGCUUUGAACGUUGAUUCGUUAUGAAAAUACAGCUGUUGUACAAACAGCCCCAAAAAUCGAUUUUUGGGCUAUCUAAAAGCGUGUCU